CACCUGCUUAUCUGUGUUUGUCAUGCAGGAGUCCGAGUCAGAAAACAAGCUGGACGGAGAGACAGCGUCAGACAGUGAAAGCAAGUCAGAGUUUGGAGGGGCCCCUCCUGCACCCACCUCAGAUGACACCCCCGAGGUCCUAAACAGGGCCCUCUCCAACUUGUCUUCAAGAUGGAAGAACUGGUGGGUGAGAGGCAUCCUCACACUGGCCAUGAUUGCAUUCUUCUUCAUCAUCAUCUACUUGGGACCCAUGGUUUUAAUGAUGAUUGUGAUGUGUGUCCAGAUCAAGUGUUUCCAUGAGAUUAUCGAUAUUGGCUACAAAGUCUAUCACUCCUAUGAACUGCCCUGGUUCAGGACACUCAGUUGGUACUUUCUGCUGUGCGUAAACUACUUUUUCUAUGGCGAGACAGUAACGGAUUACUUUUUCACCCUGGUUCAGAGAGAGGAGCCCUUGAGAAUUCUCAGCAAAUACCAUCGCUUCAUUUCCUUCGCCCUCUACUUAACAGGCUUCUGCAUGUUUGUCUUGAGUCUGGUGAAGAAGCAUUACCGUCUUCAGUUCUAUAUGUUCGGCUGGACCCACGUGACCUUGCUCAUUGUUGUUACCCAGUCGCACCUAAUCAUUCACAACCUGUUUGAAGGAAUGAUCUGGUUCAUUGUCCCGAUUUCAUGUGUGAUCUGCAAUGACAUCAUGGCCUAUAUGUUUGGGUUUUUCUUUGGCCGCACGCCACUCAUCAAGCUUUCCCCAAAGAAGACCUGGGAGGGUUUUAUUGGCGGCUUCUUUGCCACUGUUCUGUUCGGACUGUUGCUGUCGUAUGUGAUGUCUGGAUACCGGUGCUUCAUCUGUCCAGUGGAAUUCAAUAACGACUCCAACAGCUUCACUGUGGAUUGCGAGCCAUCUGAGCUGUUCCAGCUGCAAGAAUAUAACAUCCCCCUGGUGAUGCAGCCUGUCACCGGCUGGAAAACAGUCCGGAUGUAUCCCUUCCAGAUCCACAGCAUUGCUCUCUCCACGUUUGCUUCCCUCAUUGGGCCCUUUGGAGGAUUCUUCGCUAGUGGGUUUAAGAGAGCCUUCAAAAUCAAGGACUUCGCCAACACAAUCCCGGGGCAUGGCGGAAUCAUGGAUCGCUUUGACUGUCAGUAUCUGAUGGCGACUUUCGUCAACGUGUACAUUGCGAGUUUUAUCAGGGGUCCUAACCCAAGCAAACUGAUCCAGCAGCUUUUAACUCUGCGGCCCGACCAGCAGGUCUACAUUUUCAACACAUUAAAGGCGCACCUUGUUGAUAAGGGUAUGUUGGCCAGUUCCGAGGAUGCAUAGGCAUCCAGGCAGUUGGAACAGGACUGAAAAAAAGGGCAAGUCUCCCAAGGAAAUCCCAGCUCACCUGACUUAAGACAAUAAUAAGGCCUCAUUUCACUGUUGGCUUUUUUUCCUUGUAAAUGUUUGCAUUUGUGGGGUCCUGGGUAUUUUUAUAAUAUGUAUUUAUAUGGCUUUGGUUAAAAUAAGCAAAUGGGGGUUUGUAGCUAGAAAGGAAUCAAGAACUGAAGGGAUCGUAGUGCAAAGAUGUCGUCUUGGAUCUGCAUUUCAGCUCUUGUCUUCACGUUCCAAGAGAUGUGUCUACACUGGGAUAUGUGUGUGUUUGUCUGCCUAGGUGCGGCUUCGUGAGUGUAAACUCUAGUGAAGAUGACACAGGCACUUGUGCAUCAGUAUCUCUGACCCUGCCAGGCUGUGACUAUACUAAGAAAAUUGGAAGCCAUGCAGCUGUCAGUGUUAUCGAUGUAGAAUAGAGAGUGGACUGUUUUUUAUAAUGUUGUGUAUUACUGACUGUAGGCUAGAGGAAUGGGGGACCUGUAAUUAUCCACUGGUGGUAGCUGUACUGGGAAUGAAUUUGAGUCUUCUUUUCCCUAGUAUAGUCAUAUCCUAGGUAUGCACAGACCUUCUUGGAGAUUUCUCUGCAGAAAGCUCAACAAAUCUGAAGAAGAUAUUUGCUCUUAACCUGCUAUAUCAGAUCCACACAAGGAGAGAUAUGCAUCCACUUUGACUUGCCAUAUUUGUAGUACCUCACACAUUUCCCCCACUCCAGCAAAUAUUUAAAUAAAGUAGAUUUUAAACCUUUUUUUUUUUUUUUUUACUGUGCCAUUUAAGCAAAAAUAGAUCCAACUAAUUUCUAACAUCAGGGACAAGAAUACAGAAAGGGGAAUACGUGAGGUACAAGUUGUGUCAAAGUUGAAUCAAAUAACUUGAAUGCUUUUUAAAAACAAAUUUUAUUUAAGAAAUCCUGCUGAGGAAGAACAAUUUUUUUUAAAGUGUUCACUUUUUCAUAGCUUCUUUUUCACCCAGAGCAAAAUAUAUAGAGAUGUUUUAAAGCAUGGAAGCAUGAAAAUGUCUCUUGAGAGUAGGAAACACCUCACCCUGAUAUUUUAGCCGUUUGAAGAGUUAUCGCUGAAUUUUAUUUUCCUAUUUGGAAGUCCAGUGUGGCAUAGCAACCAGCUGGCUCCGCUGUUUUUUGAGGAGGGGGCGGGUUUCUGGUUGGGCGAGGGUUGUUUGGAUUCUUUUGUUUGUUUUUUUUGUUUUCAGGGAUCAUGUCUGCCAAUGACGUAUUACUUGAGUUCUAGACAUCAUGCUGCUGAGGUUGCAUAUUAGUCUAGGGUUUUCAGCUUCUAGGUUUUUCUCCCUUCUCUGUUACUGACUGUCUUGUUUUUUGUAUGUUGCACUUGCUGUUUGGAAACAUGAAAUGUUUUCCUGGUAUUGCCCUCUAUUUCUUGACUUCAAACAUACCAUAUUUUUUAAAAUAAAUAAAUGGAAACUCCCAUCGGAGGUUUCCAAGCUUCAGGAAUGAUAACUUGUGACCUAAUAGCACAAAAUUUCAUUUUAGUAGUGGGUUGUAUCAACAUUGUCAUGUACUAGGGACUCUUUAUUUUACUGUGACUUCUCUCUGUUGUUUGAGUGCGAUCCAGGCUGUUAUGAGAAAUACAUUUUUACAUACUUGUUGAAUCUGGGGAACAAUUGACAGGGCAAGACAGAUGAUGCUGUUGGUGUCUUGAAAGCAAGUCACUAUCCUAAAUCUUCAGCACAGAUCUAUAUUUGAAGCUACCAAACAUAGCAACUGAAAAUAAAGUACCCCGUAUGCUUUAUUUCCUAGUCUACUGCUUCCACUUACCUCUAGUGUCUUUUUAUCUUGAUAGCAGCACUUCCACCUCUCCCUGGGCUGGAGUUGUGGAGGGCAGAGAUUUGCCUCCCCAGUGCUACACAAACUAAUAUUUGAUCAAACUCAAAAUCCCCAGUGAAAUGCAAUUUAAGGGUCUGAUUCUGCACUGUGUAAGGCAUCCUCAGCUAAAAUCAAAGAUGCUCCGCAAAUUGCAAGACUUGGCACUUUUGCUCUGGUCCCAAUUCAGGGUAAUAUUGAAUCAUUUUUGGUUAAUUUUUAAGCUUAUGCUUUCCCGAGCUCGAAGCUUAGAACCCAGUACCAUGUCCACUGAAAUCCAUGGGAGUCUUGGUUUUUGACAUAAGGGGCAUUGAGUUCAGGCCCUCUGGUUUCAGAGGAGAUUUAGGAGGUUGUCAAACCUUUCUUCCCGUAGCUGAUUCAGUUUCCUUCUUUGGGGGUUUCAUCUGGCAUAACAAAAGUUUCUUCUCUUUUGGGUACUUCUUGUCUGAUACCAAUAUCUGCCCAAAUUCUUGCCUAUUAACAUCUGCUCCGACAGGUCCAUUAUCAAGUGGACCUACAAUACCAUCUAUUAAAUAUGAUUACAAUGUAUUGCUGUAUAGAAAAAACGUUUUCACCUGUUUUCAUGUGAGAAUUUGGUCUCCUGCCUUCAUCUGUUCUACAUCUUCACACUUUUUUUUAACACUUAUUAAGUGUAAAUGUUGUUUUUGAGGAUGUGUAUGACUUUCAACUAUAGGAUUUGGGUUUUCUUGUGGCUUUUUUUAAAAUGCUUAUUGUGAACACUGGAGGGCAUAAUGUGUUCAUGAGAGUCUCCAAACUCAUAUGAGAUGGAUGUAGCCAUCCCCAUAUCUAAUUAAACCUUGCUUAACUAGAGGUUUUUUUCAUACAUUUCCUCUACUUAUGUCAUCGCCUCAGCCGUGCAGUGAAGUUGAUACUAACCUUCAAACCCAUAAGGAAUCCUGAUGAAUUAAUUCUAUCCGUCAAGGCACUAAUAAGCACUGUUACCUGGUAACUUGCUGUGAUGAAGACCGCUUUUACUAAUUCUCAUGGGGCAGGAAGUGUGCAGCAUGAGUGUACAAGAACUACAGUGGUUAACAUCCAAGGGACUAUGGGCAAACACCCUGUGUAUGCUAAACAGAAGUUGAGAAAUACCUGAAGGUAGAAUUUGCCUCCCUUUUGCAUAGCUCUGUGGUGAAGCCUUUCCUCAUUACACAAAUCCCAUUGCUUUAUUAAAAGUCCUAUAUUUCUUCCCCAACCCCCAUACACAGCAGAGUUUGGAUCAUAGUGGAAAUUGGCUCUGAAACAGGUUUACAAACCAGAUAAUUUCAGCCUGUGCAUAGUCACUGCAUGGCGACACAGUGAGUGCAGGUAAUCCCAUUGUCUAGCUUCUGAGCAAUAACAUUCUUAACCCCCUAUGUGCUGGUAGUUUGCCCUAAGGGGCUUCAAUUAGUCAUUCCAAAAUCAGGCCACUCUUGGAAACUUGCGGACUAAGUGACUUACCUGAGGCCACAGAGGAGAUGGUAGUUAGUGUGGGCCAGAGAUUAAAAACCUUGGAGUUGUACGGUUUGGGUUCUGGCCUGCACAAGAAGGAUUUGAGCCAAAAACUUUUUGUUGACAUGAGGCAAAAUUAGUCAGGGUGGAAAUCGGAAUAUUAAGAGUGUGCUUUGGAGUCCAGCAACUUUAACAUAUGUAUCUUUGUAUAUUGUGCAGAUAACUAGGUUGUCGGUCUUAAUACAGCUCUUGUGAGGCCUUAGAUUUAGUAACCCUGAACAAUUAGUGUGUAGUCGUGUGCUCAUGAGCCACACUGCUAACAGCAGAGCUGCCUUGGCAAGAUUUUCAUAGAGGAGUUUUUCAUCACAGCUGAAAUGUACAAAAUCAAGACCCUCUGCAGGUUACCUGAAUGGUAGCUGCUUUGUGAGCACAAUUAGGUUAAAGGAAAGGCUUGCUGUACAGUGAGAGAAACUGCAAAAGCAAGUUCUGAUGCAUAAGAACAAUUGGUUGAAGGGCGGAUUCCACAGAUCUGGGGCUGUCUGAGCUAGGAGGAAGGAGAUGUUCCUCCUUGCCAGUCUCGGAAUUAACCCAAAAGCGUAGAGCUUCCUUACUUUCUGUUUAGGGCUCUACACGUGAGCUGGCUCUGAAACCACCUGCUAGCAAGGCUGGCAGAGUAGAAAGGGGCAGGAAAUGUUUGAAGGGAUUUUUUCGACUGCUCUACUAAGUGAGGAGACUGCUGGAAUCUGAAGCCCUUAUGUGGGAACUGGUCACAUCCACAAGCAGAACAAGGGGUCCUAAAACAUUCUGCUUGGAGAGAGGUGUCUCCAGAGCCGGUGGUGAUGGUAGGUAGAUCAUAUGGCCGUGCUAGAAGCUAAGGAUGUGAAUGGUUAACUGGUAAGCAUCACCCUUACUGCCUUACCAGUUAUGGUUAACCGGCAGCCUGGCUGGGCUGGAGCAGCAUCCCUGCUUGCCCGUGGUGUGACCUGUUGGCCUAGCCAGAGAAGCUCGCCAUCCACUCCUGUUUAAGUGGCUAAUCAGUUAAAAAUAAGGUUUAACUGAUUAAAUGGGAUUCUGCACCCCUACUAGAAGCGGCUAAGUGAUGUGAAGGUUAGAAGGUGCCUUGAGAGCAGCGAUGGUGAGUAGGGGAUGAGAAGGCAGGCAGGGACUGGAGCUGAAAUGGGCUGGUAACAGGGGAUGGCGAGUCAUUCUGAAGGCAGACUGUGCUUUUACAAAUCCCUUGAGAUGCUUUCUGAGCUAAGUGGACAUGUAAGCAAGCAGUGGAUGGGCACAGCAGCUGGAACUUGUGGGAAUCCAGUGUCUUCAGGUGUCUUGAUCCACCCAGUGUCCAGUCAUCUGUCCUGCUUAAAUCCAUUUAAUUCCCAAUAAGUGCCCUUUGCUAGGGUGAUAUGUGAAAGGCUGUUAGUGUGUUUGGUGACUCUGUGUGUCAGGACAAUUGCUCUUUCCUUUGAGACUUCAUCGUUAGCAAACCUCCGUCCUUCACAGAAGCUAGAAUCCCACUGCUGCCUGUGUAUGUGCUGAGUUCUCCUCACACCUGAGGUGAAAACCGGACUGCAGGAGUGAGGGAAUGGCAUGUGUUGUCUACUCAGAAUAAAGCCAGGGAGCUGGACUUCAGUUUGCAGUCAGGAGAUGUGAUUGGCUGAAUACUGAAUGGUGGUUUCUCUCCUUGCCUGCGAAAUGAAGAAUAAGGCAGUUCGGGGGUCUGCAUGGGCCAGCUGGAAAAACAGACAAGCUGAGGCUUUUCAAACGGCCAGCCCUUUCCAAGAAGGCCCUUGUUUUCAAAUGCAGGCAGCCUGCUUGCAGUGUGUAUCUUCUUACAGCUGCACUUCUAGAGGAGAUGUGGCCUAGCAAUGGUUCCAGAGAUGCUCUGUCAGGCCCUUCAGAGCCCACCCCUCCUGCCAUUCUGUGGCUGUCUCCUGCAUCUCUUAGAAUCACUCAGCUGGGCCCUACCAGAGCCAUUCCAAAUCUGCACCUCCUCAUGCAUGCACAAGAUACGAGAGACAGGGUGGGUGAGGUUGGUCCAAUAAAAGAGAUCAACGCAUCCACUUUUCUUAUCUUAUUCUUACAUCAAAUGGCAGCUUAGACCCAGCGCUCGGGAAAGCAGUAGCAGACUGAAGGCUUGUCAUGUACUGUGGGUGGAAUGGAACAGUAGCCUUUCAGUUAGGGGUUUGAAGAGAAAACAAGGCAAGUUUGAUAAAUGUGAGCAAUGUUUAAAAUGCCGGAAUGCCAAUUGGAGCACUGCCUACAGGCAGGAGCAGUCUGAGGCCGGCUGCAGCAGCUGGCGCCCCAGGCAGGUGGUGUAAUUGGCGCCUCCGCCUGUACGGCCGUCAGUGACCAUGAUGUCAUCAUCGGGCACCUGGGCCAGUGGCGCUCUAGGCAACUGCCUAGUUCGCCUAGGCUCACGGGCUGCCCUUGCCUACAGGCAGGCUGGUUUUGGUUCUAAGCAGCUACACGCCGGUCGCCAAUUGCUUCUGAAGCUUGGAGCAAUUUAGCUGGUGUUUCCAACUUGACACUGGCUUCUCCAGCCUCAGCUGCUUCCCAAGUCAUGCUGUGGAUUAGACACAGCUUGAAUAGCGGUGGCCCAGAAUGCACAGCACAAUCUCAUUACGGCCCAGGUUCUGCUAGGGUUACUCCGGUUGAGUGGUUUCUUAGUCCACAGUGGUAUCUUCCCUGUGUGCACUCCCAUGGUCCUAAUGAGGCCUACUCAGCGAGAGUAUAAAUCUGCAGAACCUAGCCUGCAGAAUCUGCUCCCAUUGGAUUGAACAGGGGAUUUUGCUACUGACUUCAGUGGGAAAUCCUACAAUACCACAGAAGCUCCAGUAAGUGCACUGCAGAGAUUUUUGAGAACUGUUGAUUUCACAUGGAUAAGGGUGGGUCUCCUAGUUUGCUGCAUUCAUCGGACUCCUGCAAUAUCAAAUGCCAAGGCAGUCACUGCGUGUGAUGAGGGGAGAACUCUCCACCUGCUUGCAAAAAUCUUUUCCUGCUCGUUCUGUACAUUUGGAAAGUAGAUGUAACCAUGAAACACCCAUCCGUGGUGGUCAUCAACACCUAUUGGGGGAGACAACUUUUAAAAUUGGAGUCAGCAUGCAUCUGCCAUCAUAAGCUGUAGUGUACCUCUUGACACAGUAGUUAACCCCCGAGUUACAUUUUUGUACUACAGUAAUUUUCACCCGAGUUACUGUAUCUCAGCUCUGACGUGUCCUCUGCCAUCCAUUUACUUCUCCGUGCAUUGUUUUUGAUCAAUGUUUUAGCAAUACAUGUAGACUUGCCUUUAUUUGGUUGAAUGUCAGAAUGUGAUAUAUUGUAUAUUUUAAAGCAUUUACCAUAUUUAUAUACUGUAUGUUACUGUUAAAUAAAUAUGUAAGUUCCA